CCCCGACGGCAGCUCACCUACAGCACUCUGUCGGGGCCGGGCAGCGCCGAGGUCGCUCACCCGAGGAUGCCGCUCGCCGUCGGACCAGCUCUGCUGCUGAGCGCCGUGCUGUGCCUGGCCGCUGCCGGCAAUCCGAAGCUACCAACAGCCGUUAAUAUAACUUGGUCUUCAAUUAAUUUUAAAACUAUACUACUGUGGCAACCCAAACCAUCAGGUUACUUCUAUACAGUAGAAAUCCAUGGACAGACAUCUGACACCAAAAAAAAAUGUAUACUGACAAGAGAAACAGAGUGUGAUGUUACUGACGCUCUCAGGAAUGUCAGAGAGACCUAUACAGCACACAUACUAUCUGUCAUGUCCUCGGGGAUGGAUAACUUCGAAGAACCACCUUUUUCAGUCUCUGAAAAAUUUACACCUUAUAAUCAGACCGUUCUUGGAAAACCAGACAUACAGAAUUACACACAAAUUAGUUCCAAACUGAACGUUGUCUUCCAAGAUCCUCUUACACCAUACACAUUUCCUAACGGAAGCUUUCAAAGUAUUCGAGACAUUUUCCAACAUGAUUUGGAAUACAAACUCUAUUAUUGGAAAGAUCAAAGCUCUGGAAAGAAAGAUGCAACAACCAAGAGCCACGAAUUUGAAGUAAGCAUUGACAGCACAACGAACUAUUGCUUCUACAUACAGGGAACCAUUCCCUCCCGCAGAGAAAACCGUAAUGGACAAGAAAGCAUGGUGCUUUGUACCAGUGUAGGAAAAAAUAUCUUAGAUGAAUAUGGACCAGAAGUCUUUAUCAUCAUAGCAGUGAUGGCGAUUGCGAUCAUCGUUCUCACUGUUGUCUUACCAGUGAUCCUGUGCAAGCGCAAGAAAACAAAAGCUGUGAGAGAAAAGGAACCACUUAAUGGUGUCUAAGGAAAAGUUGUUAUGGACACCAGUGGCAAUUCUAAAGCAAAAAAAUAACAACCCCAAACAAAGAAAACCCAGACAACGAGGAAAUGGGUAGAGCUUUCUAGCCUCUCUAAUAUAGGUAUUUUGAAGCCCAAACUUUGUGUGGAUUCAAAAAUCCAUCAGUCAGAGAAGAAAAAUCCUGGUAUCAGGAAGCCCCCGUGUCACAGAGGCUGGCAGCUGUAGGAGUAUUCUAGGGGUCCCGUACAACAGCCUAAACCUGCUCAUGUACUCUUCCCAAGCUCCUUCUGUUGUCCUGUCUGAAACAGGACUCUGAGCUAGAUGGACCUUGGACUUUGCCAGGCACAGACAUUCUAAAAAUAUGACCUUACUGAGCCAGAAGAUUUAUGGUACUUGUGAGGGAAAAAAUACACUAAUUUUGAAAAAUAUAUGUCCUUUAACUAACUAAAAGGACCAUUUUUCUGUUUCUAUGAAACAAAACCUGUAUUUAUCUAACAUCUAAUGAUUUUACAUUAUUAACUGGUGAAAUGAUCUGUUAGUUCAGAUGUGACAAAGAUGCUACUAUUUCUCCUGCACUUCUGAAUAAAAUUAACUCUGUUUAUCUUUGGAUAUAGACAAUCAAAGGUAAACAAAUGGAAACUACUGUACUGACAAUUUGUAAGGAACACUCUUGAAGUAGGUAGCUGCUAUCCAUCUGGAAAACACAUCCAGGUUACACUAUACCUAGAGUUAUAUGGACAGGGUGGUCUGAUGAUCCCAAGUAAGUGUUAGGACAAAUACUUUGCAGAUUUUGAGUCCGUAGUAACUCACUUCAUGCAAGCACUGAGUAGGUAGCUGCAUUUUGAACGUUAUUUUUAAUUAAACUGUUGGUGAAUGGUUUAUGUGGCAUAGAUUCAAAUCAUCUUGGUGAUGGGAUUUGGAGAUACCUGUGGCUUUGACUAUUUUAAUAUUUAUUUUAUAAAGGAAAAUCUAGUUUUUUUACUGGUGAUCUGUAUUUAUGGCGCUAAUUUAUACUUUUCUAGUGAAAUAAAGGUGACUGGGAAAAUAA